UACGCGCGACGCGCAGAACAAGUUGCCGAUUGAAAACGAAAGAGCAGCAAGAAUGCAAAGGGAGGAACGUGAUAGUGACCACCCCCUCUUCGUUUGUGCAGAUAGUGGUAGUCGUGAGCGCGUCCACACUUCAUUCUGGCCGACUUGGUGGCCUUUAGUUGACCAGGCGAACUUACCGAGCGAAGUAGUGAGAAGUUCCGCGUGUGUGCGAAGCGAAUAGAAGCUUGAAUGUGACCGAGAGAAUGCAACCCGGAACGAGACGUUCGAGAUUUUGUUCGUGGAUAAUAGUGCUAUUGUUGUUCGUAUGUUUAAUCGACGAUACUACUGCUACGUGGAAAAGGCGGGAGGAUACGACCAAAUGUCCUAAAGUAAAGGGCAUACGAAAUUUUGACAUAUCUGAGUUUCUCGGUUCGUGGUACAUAGUACAGUACUAUGCAAGCUCGGAGGAAGCGCUCGCGUACAGAUGCAUGCGAGCCGAACUGUCGAUCUCACCGGAAAGCACCGAGGUUACCAUGAAUUUCACUUACAGUUUCACCGACGAUCCCAUCAACGAACAACUUGUUGGUAACAUCACCUGGAAGAUUCCUUCGCACGAGCUGCCCGCUCAUUGGGUGCACGCCGAGUAUCCCUAUGAAGGUGUAUACAACACAUACGUGUUAGACUCCGACUACAAUUCUUGGGCAUUGUUGAUGCACUGUGCGGAACAGAGCAAAAGUCCCCGAUAUCUAUCCAGCUUCAUCAUGAGCCGAGAACCUAAUUUGGGAACUAAUGUUAUUUCUUAUCUUCGUGAGAAGUUACCCAGGUACGAUAUCGAUUUGGAAUACAUGUUUCCUAUGGAUCAGAAUCAAUGCAACAAGACAGACACAUCUGAAAUGGAUUCGCUUAUACCACCGUCGGUAAUGCUCAGAAGAAAUAAUUCUGCACGGAAACAUCCGUUGAAAGGGAAGCAUCGACGAAUUUAAAUUGAAAUUGAAUUUGUUUUUAUGUCUAUCUAAAUAAAUGUGUCAAUAAAUACACACG